AUGGAAACCUUUAGGUGUAAAUAUCUAAAACAUGAAAAAGAAGAAAUAAUCGGAUUUUGCUUAAAUCAAUAUUGCUCAAAUGCAACCUAAUUUUGUUAUGAAUGUUUAACUACUAACCAUUUAGAUCAUUUGAUUGAUUGUACUAGGUUUUGUAAAUUGAGCGAUUAUAUUAAUGAAUUGAUCCAAGUCUAUUAUCAAUCAAGUAAAUAAUUCAAAGAAAUUUCAACAAAACUCUAGAAUUGUUUCGAGAAGAUUUUUAAAAUAAUGGAUCAAAAUAUUAAAUUUUUAGACAGGAUGAAUUAAUAAAUUAUAAACAAAGACUAUUUAAGCUUUAAGGGAUAAAUAAGUAUAAUCAAGCAGUUUCACUUAAAUGAAAAAGAAAAUAAAAGACGUAGCAAUUUGUCCUUAUUAAAAUAGAGUUGUAGUUAGGAGAAUUGAAUAACGUUCUUGAAACAAUGAAUAAUAUGGUUAGAGACUAUAAUAUGCCUUAUGAUUAAAAUAAUUCCUGUCCCUACAGAAGGAUUAAAAUUGAAGAAAUCCUUUCAGUAAAUGAAGAUAAAAAUUAGUAGAAUAUCGAAGAGGCUGCAAGAUUAUUUACUGAAGGUAUACUUAUAUCGAUUAUAAAUUAGGAUAAGCGUUAUCCAAUUUGAAUAAAAAGCAUGAAGCAAUAGAGUGUUUCAACAAAGUUAUUCUAAUAAAUCCUCAACAUGAUAAUGCUUGGAAAAAUAAGGGUAAUUAAUUCGUAGGUAUUGUGAUAUAGGUUUGGAAUUAUACAAAUUAGAUAAAUAUUAAGAGGCAAUUUAAUGUUAUGACUGUGCAAUUUCUAUUAAUCCAUAACUUUAUUAAGUGUGGAGUAAUAAAGGUAAUAAUUAAAAUGGUAGUUAAGGUUUGGCAUUAAUAAAAUUGAAUAAAUAGUAAGAAGCAAUUGAGUGUUAUGAUAAAGCAAUUGAAAUAGAUCCUCUUUACUAAAACGCUUUUAAUAAUAAAGGCAUUUAUUUUCAAUAUUAUAUCUAGGCUAAGCAUUAUACAAUAUGAACAAAUUAUUUG